UCGCCAUUAGUGGGCGCGCUCGCUCCCGCGGCUGGAGAUUGCUAUGGCGGUGGAGCCGGCCGAGACAGGCGGCGUGUCCGGGGCCUUGGUCUCUGGCUUCGUGUUCGGAUCCCUCGCCUUCCAGUUCUUCAACGCCGACUCGGACGCGGAGGGGUUUCUUCUUGGUGAAAUCAAAGCAGAAGCAAAAAACAGUAUUACUGAUUUUCAGAUGGAUGAUAUUGAGGUUGUAUAUACUAUAGAUAUACAGAAACAUAUUCCAUGUUACUCGCUAUUCAGUUUUUACAAUGCUGCUGGUGAAGUGGACAAGAAAGAUUUGCAGAAAAUAUUGAUAAAUCAGGAAAAGAAUGUUAUUGGUUGGUAUAAGUUCAGACGUAACACAAAUCAGACCAUGACAUUCCGAGAACGUCUCCUUCACAGGACCCUUCAGAAGCAUCUGAAAAACCAACAGUUGGUGUUCUUUCUCCUUACAACCAAGUUAAGCAGAGAGAAUGGUUCCACACACAAUCUGGAGUACACGUUGUAUGAUCCACAAGAAAGUUUUGUUCAGCCAAUACCUGUAUCCGUGACCAAUCUAGGAAUGUCUGAACAGCAAGAUUAUAAAACAUUUUCUGGACCCAGUGGUGCUGGGGGCUAUUGUCGAGCAAUGAAGAAACACAGACUCGCAUUUUUUGAUCAGGAAGGGUCCUUAAAAGAGGUUCAGAGAAUUAAAUGCAUGUAUAAUACACUGCAAGAGGAACUGAAGACCACUUGUUUAAAGGUAGAGGAGAGCGAACGCUCAGUGGAAUGUUUACUUGCUGAUGUACAAGGACUGAGGGAGAAGGUAUCAGAGAAGAAAAGGUUGCGCACAGUGAUUCAAGAGGAGGAGUGGAAAUCUGACCAUACAGAGAAAAACAUAUACUUAGCUGAGGCUUUGAAGACUGCCUUUCCACAGUCAAAACUUUUACAGUCCAUGACAAUUACAAGAGGUGGUCGAGUUCUGCCAAUUCAUUGUUGCAGUGAAGUUGAUCAAUUGAACUUAAAGGAUACUGUCACUCAGGCCUCAUCAAAAAACAUCCACACAUUGCCUUCAGAGAGGGCUAAUGCUUCUGGGAUUACAUGUAAACGGAAGGCAAAAAACUGCCAUGAUCGCCCCAGCUGGAGUAAAAAACGGAAAGCAGUUUGGUCUCAGGCCAGAAGGUCAGCAAAUAGAGACAGUGAGGGCAGUGAAACCGAACUGGUGAUCAGAGAAACUGGAUCAGAGAAUGAAGAUGAGGUGGAUGAUUAUGUGAAUGAUGUUGCGUCAACAGCUUCACCAACUUUUUGAACAUUCCUGGCCUGAAAAUUGAUAAGCCAUUUUUAUUCAAGAAAAGCAAAGUGCCAAAUCUGUGUCUAUACAUUUUGAAAAGGAUGCUAUAAUUGAAAAGCAUGCUGUGUUUUGGGUAGCAGGAGAGGCAUGUACUUUGUUGUUUUCAUCAUGGCGACUUCAUCUUGUUUGAGAUGUCUGACAGCUAAAACUGGAGGCAUGAACAAGAAUUUUAAUGAUUUGCAGAAUCAGUGCAACAGUGAAAGAUUGAGGAAUGGUUUGGAAUACAGUAAUGUCUUUUCAUGAUUAGUGCCUAAAGAGAUUAAAUCUCUCCAGUUCUUAACUUUUGAAGUUCUUUUUCUGCUUUUUUUUUUGGUUCUGCCACUUUGACACCCAGUUUUAGUGUUGUGCACUCCAGGUAACUCGGAAUAAACUUCCUCCCUAAGUCCCUAAAAUGGACCACCCAGAGGGAGGUCUUCUAAGACGGGUAGUUUCUCUGUGUGCGGUCAGUAGGGACACACAAUAGUAGGCAGUUGAUACUGGAUAAAAUUCAUGCUCGUAAGUCUGGAAACCAAGUUACAGAUCAAAAGAUUUGACAGAUAUCUGGAAACAUAAUUUAUUUUGUAUUAAAUAACAUUAUUUAUUGCAAAUAAAAAUAAUUUUACUUCGGGUUAAUUAAAUCUGAAAACUGGGCAUUAUUUGAUAUUGAUUUGACAAAUCUUUCAGACUAAGAAUGGCUGCAGAUGGAAGGUGAUGUUCUGAAGUUGGACUGAUGAAUAUUCCUUUCAAAGUGAAGCUAAUUGUAACUCAUCCAAAGGACCAUAGCCCAGUCAAAAUCGACACCAAGCCAGAGGGGAAAUGGUUACCAAAAACUAAAUUAGAGGUAGUUAGAAAGCACAUUUUAAUACUGAAGACUUUUUAGAGAAGGAAUUCUAGAGCUUAGACUUGGAUGGUUGAAGUCUCAACCAACAGUUGAAUUGUCAGUUGAACUGACAAUUGACAGGCAAAUGGAAGAUGCAGAAGAGAUGAAGCUGGGAGGAGUGCAAUAUUCUCGGCUGUAGUAUUGGGGGAGGUUGCAGAGAUGAUAAGGAUGUUGCCGAGAUAAGGAGGAGUUAAAGCCAUGUAGGGAUUGGCCAUGAGGUUGAUACUUUAAUAAAUCCAAAGUUUCAUGGUUGCAGCAGAAAGCAGUGUAUGUCAAUGUGCACAAGAUUGAAGAAUGUGCUUUUGUAUCAUAUAACAUAAUGUGUUAAAGUUUCAGAGGCAAUUGAAAUUUACAGGUGAAAGAGGAGAUACUGGGAGAAGAAUUAUGAGCUUUGUUACAGCUAGCCAAGUCUGAAUGUAACAAAAUCGUAAAAGCAAAAAAAUACAAUUGGAAAUUUGAAAUUAACAUUGGAAGUACUCAAAAGCAUCUGUGCAGAGAUUAGCUUAAUGUUUACAACUGAUAGGUUUCAUUAGAACCAAGUAUAAUGGGAAGGGAGAUUGUGGAGUAAAGAAUUUCUGUGAUAGGGUGGAAUGCCAUAGAUUAAAGAAGAUGGGUGAAUGUGCGAGGCAAAUGUUCACUGACCAUGGCUCCUCUGGAGAUCUUCCCUCUGCACUUCCAACCCUGUAGUCCCAACCCACAGUCUCUUUUUACCUUCUGGAGAUCCAUAAGCAAUACUGUCUUGGUAGAUCUAUCACUGUGGCCUGUUCUUGUCUCUUGCUUCAAUCUUAUUGUAUUCCUUGUCCUCUAUCAUGCCAUCUUCCUCCACAAAUCUAAUGACAUCCUUCAUCAUUUUAACAUUUUUCUGGUACUGUCUUUUUUAAACAAUGGAUAUCCAGUCCCUCUACUGCCCAUCAAAAUGGCAUGAAGGCCUUCUAUUUUUUUUAAUCCUUGAAUGAUGUUAAAUCAGUUCCCCUCCUCCCAUCUUUUCUAUCUGCACUUGUUCUUGCAGUGACCAACUUGUUUCCAUUUGCUUCAGCUGUGUAAAGGGGUGGCAGCCUGUCCUGGCUCUAGCUAUUAUUGUAGGAUAUGUAGAGCAUUCUUUGUUCGAGUCCUACCCCCAGGUUUAUUUCCUGCACCUUGUUCAAGGACAUGACAAUUGUCAGUGCUGUUCCCUGCUAGCCAUAGAGAGAGAGAGCACAGAAACAGGCCCUUCAGCCCACUGAGUCUGUGCUGUCUAUCAACCAGUCUUUAUUGCCUUGAACUGAAAAUUUCUUCAAACUUGCAGUCAAUUUUUGCCCAACGUUUGACUUCAUACGGUCCAUCUCUAUUUCUGGCAAUAACCAAACAACCAACAUCCACUUUGAGCCCACUGAUUUCCCCAGCUCCUUGAUCACACUCUGCUUUUUCAAGGGACUCUUCCGUUCAUCGCUCUCUCUCUCUCUCUCUCUCUCUCUCUCUAAUAAUACCACCUUUCUGUAACUCAGAGCCUAUUUCCUGCCCUUUAUCUCUCCCCUUCCAGAACCUUAACGGGAUUUCCCUUGUCAUUACUUUUAAUCCAUUAGCUGCAGCAUUCGAUAGAUUAUGUCCUGUGAUUUCUAGAAGUCUAGCAAGAUGUUACCCCCUCCCCCACCCCAAAAAAAAUCUUCCCAAGUAUUUUCAGCAUUCCGAAGGAACCUUUCUCUUCAUUUCACCCUAGUCUACAUGGUCUUUACCAAAAACACUCAUCGGCACCCAGCACUCGCCACAGAUCCAACACCUUUCAUCUCCAUCUUUUCCACCAUCCAGGGCAUAAAUGCUCUAGGUCAAAAAAUAGUUUAAUAUUAACUUUACUCAUUGCUCAUAUAGUACCCUUUAAAGAUGACCAAGCAGAGACUUUUGCAGAACAGUACAUUCAGUUAGCAUUCUGGUCACCUAACCCUUGUUCUGUUAGCACUUUGACCUUUAUUGGAGCAAUAUAGGUCAAUAUAAUCUCAAGGAAAAUCAACUCUGACGAAAGGUCAGACCUGAAACAUUGAUUGUUUCUCUUUUCACAGAUGCUGCCUGACCUGCUGAAUUUUUCCAUUUUUUUGUUUUUGUUUUGGAUUUCCAGCAUCUGUUUUUUGAUUUUCUCUCUCUCUCUGGCCUUAUAAACAACAUACUAGUUGUCAUUUCUUUUUCCUACCUUCAACCCAAUUACGAUCUUCCUUUAUGUUCUUUUCUAUGACCUUGUUCUUUACUUUCCUCACCCCACCCCCUGACUUUUCUUGUAUCUUGGAACUUUUUCCAGCUUAGUUGAAAGAUCACCAACCUGAAAGGUUAAUCCUGUUAGUCUCAGAUGUUUCUUGGCAAUCUGGAUAUUACAAGAUUGUUAAUGAGUGUUUUAGCAGCAGAUGGGUUGAGACAAGGAGGCUGGACAUCUGUGGUGGGGAGCAUUCAUGUUUGGAAUUCAUUUCCAGGUCAAAUAGGAUGCAGGUUUACCCUGAGACAAUGGCUAGAAGAGAUGGAAUUAGUACCUGGGGGAUAGAAUUUGUUGUAGGACCAGAUAAUGGCUUCAUUUUUUUAUGUUUAGUUAGGAGGAAAUUUUAACUCGUCUGGUAUGUCAGACUAGUUGCCUGAUAAGAGUGUCACAAGAGCAGGUGAGAUUAUGCUAAGUGUCUGUAUUCCCCACUAGAACAAAUAACCAAAGCAUUCAGUAGAUUAAAUCUAAAUGUUAUCCAACCUUGAUUAGAUCAUCUUCUAAAGCCAAGGAAAUAAAGAUCAUGUUUAUUGCAAUGUCAUUCCAUGACAUGAUGUUAUUCUGGUGAAUCUGCAGUACAUCCAACUUUUGUUUUAUUGCUGAAGGAUGGCAGCAAAAAUACAGAAUUAAAACAUUUCUUCAUUUGUAUUCCAACUUUCUUGAGAUAAAGCCCAAAUUUCCAUAGACCCUUUUGAUUACCUUUUCUAUUGAUGCAAUGCUCCUAAGUGACGUGUCCACGGACUGAUCACCAUUCAUGUCUUUCUUGUACUGCUUAGCGCUUGAACUAUUAAACUAUAACUUUUAUUAGUUUAUCCUCAGUCAUUAUUACUCUUACUCCUAUUUACAAAGCUAGUUUGAUAACUUUGUCAUCCAAAAAAACUUGGAUGACAAAUUUACAAUAUCCUUCCUGUGCCACUGUUUUAUAUAGUGAAAACUGGUUACUACAAUAGAUUCCCAAGGAGUAUCUGGCACAACCCCUUGACCCAAGAAUGCUUUCCCACCUACACAAUUAACAACAUGCCUCUCUUAGCUAUACCUUGAAUCUAACCACUGGGAACAGCACAGAAAAGGUUGACCUAGUCCAUGAUGAUCAUCAUCCACCUUUCUACACUAAAGCUAUAUUAAUCCCAAUUUAUAUUCUCCCCAGAUUAUCAUCAACUCCCUGCCCCCAAAUUCUACCACAUACCUACACACUAGAGGCAAUUUACAGUAACCGAUCAGCCUAUAACUCAUGUCUUUGGGACGUGGAAGGAAACCCACAUGGUCACAAGGAGAAUGUGCAAACUCCACACAGACAGGGUUGAACCCAGGUCUCUGCUGCUGUGAGACAGUGCUAGCUCUGCCAUUCUUAAAAUCUCAAUCUGUCUGCCAAGAUGCUUUGCAGAUGUUGCGAGCUCACCAUAAUUGAUCCCCAGCUAUGCAAAAAAAAAUCCCCCCUCAAAAGAAAUCCUUGAGAUAAUCCUAGGUUCAUAAUGGACUCUCCUCCAAUCCCAUGUGUUUGCCCUAAUCCUGAAGUGAAAUGUAUAUAGUUAUGCCACUGAUGUGCCUUCCUGUAAACUUGUAACUGCUGUUGAAAAUAUACUGUAAUGCAAAACCCAAGUACACAAUCUUCAC